AUGGGGCCGUUGCCUUUGCCGCUGCCUCUUUUGCAUCAACAGCAGCAGCAGCAGAGGGAACAGAGACGCGCGUCGCUUUCGCCUUCGUUGGUGGCGUCCAAUUUGAAUUUGAAUUUGAAUUCGAAUCAGGCUCAGAGUCAGUGUAAGAAUCACAGUCAGACGCAGACGCAGACGCAGACGCAGACGCAGACGCAGACGCAGACGCAGACGCAGACGCAGACGCAGACGCAGACGCAGACGCAGACGCAGACGCAGACGCAGACGCAGACGCAGACGCAGACGCAGACGCAGACGCAGAAGCAGGCACAGGCGCAGGCGCAGCGGAGAAAUAGCGCGUCAACGGUAUCGAGCACUGGAUUCCCAGUAGCAUUGACAGCGCGCUCGUCGCUUUCGCUUUCGCUGCUCUUGUCCUCGUCCGCGGCGUCGGCGUCGUUCGCUUCCGCCGUUUCCGCCAGCUCGUCGUCCUCUGCGUACAUGUCGACGUCGGCGUCGGCGUCGAUGGAGAUGGAGAUGGAGAUGGAGAUGUGGGCCUCGCGCGCGCGCUCGGCGUCGCUUUCGUCCAGCUCGGUUGCGCGUGCGGCUGUUGCGGUUGGCGCGGGUGUUGGUGCUGGUGGGUUGAGACAUACCAAGUCGUGCGGUGUGUUACCAGGCGUCGACGAGCCGCCGCCCAAAAAUGCAGUGUUGCGCAGCGUGGAGGUGUUCGGCGAUGCCCUAAACACCACAACGACAGCGACGACGGCGAGGACGACGAUGCUGGCUGCGCCGGUCUCGCGCGCGCGCAGGCUGAACUCGACCGCGACGUUGCGGAUCGACACCUCGUCGUCUGUGGCUGCUAGUGCUCCUGCUAGUGCUAGUGAUGAUGAUGGUGAUAGUGGUACAUGCAAUCUACACAGGAUGCCGUCGAGUUCGUCGGCGAAAUCGGCUGUGUCUGUGUCGUCUGCGGAGGUUACGCCCACGGCGCUCUCUCCGGUUUCGGGAUUGUCAAAGACUCUGCCAUCGUUGUCUCCAUCUCCAUCCCCAUCCCCGUCGCCCUCGCCCUCGCCGACGUCGUUCCGUGCUGUCCAUGCCCAGCAUGACUCGGUGCUCAGCGUGGUCAGCAACUCAAACGACGUGUACUUUUCCGACUCGAGUUUUUCGGGGGAGUAUUAUAGCGCGCGGUCGAGCUUUACGAGUGCGUUGACUGGGGAUGUUGUUAGUUCGUGGGAGUGA